AUGAACGAUAUCGAAAGAAUGGAUGAAGACGAGGAAUAUUGGGAAAGGGAUGAAGAUCAGUUAGAAACGGCAAUGGAUGAUGAGACGUGGGAAAACCAAAGUACAUUUGAUCAAGUUGAAAAAUUUAAAGUUGAAAUGGAAAAUGAUAUAAAAAAUGGCAUUAAAAACGAUGUUAGUUUGUAUAGAAUAAAACAAUUGAUAUUAGAGAAAUUAAAUGCAAAUUCAUUUAAUAGCGUCGAUGAAAAUUAUAUUAAUCAUAAAUAUGUGAAAUAUUGUCUUCAAUCAUGGAAGACUGAACAAUUACCAUCAAUAUUGAAUGAGAUAAAAGAAAAAAAAGAUAUGGAAAAAUUAAUUGACAAUGUAUCAAAAGUAAAAACAAUUCAAGAUGUAUUGAAAUUAUAUCCGAAAUCAAAAUUAUGA